UUUACUGAUCCAGCUCUCUUUCCAAAGUACCAGACACCGCUCCUGACUCACCCUCGUCUCUGCUGAAUAACUGUCUCUGGCUGUGAUUUUCCCAUCUUUUGUGAUCAAAAUGUCUUUAAAGUUUGAGCUGUGCCCUGGCAGAAUGAUCGGAGGAAGCCACCCGUGCUUCAUCAUCGCUGAAAUCGGACAAAACCACCAGGGAGACAUUGAAAUUGCUAAGCAAAUGAUCAAAAUGGCAAAGGACUGUGGUGCAGAUUGUGCCAAAUUCCAGAAAAGUGAAUUAGAGCACAAAUUUAACAAGAAAGCCAUGGAGCGCAAAUAUGACUCCAAACACUCUUGGGGGAAAACUUAUGGUGAACAUAAGCGUCACCUGGAGUUCAGCCAUGACCAAUACAAAGAGCUGCAGCGGUAUGCAGAGGAGGUGGGGAUCUACUUUACUGCUUCAGGGAUGGAUGAGAUGGCAGUGGAGUUCCUGCAUGAGCUGAAUGUGCCUUUCUUUAAAGUUGGCUCAGGGGACACCAACAACUUCCCUUAUCUGGAGAAGACUGCCAAGAAAGGACGGCCCAUGAUAGUGUCCAGUGGGAUGCAGUCAAUGGAGACGAUGAGACAGGUCUACAAAACAGUGAAGAAAUACAAUCCGAACUUUGCCAUCCUGCAAUGUACCAGUGCCUACCCUCUUGAAGCUGAAGAUGUCAACCUCAGAGUGAUAACGGAAUACCAGAAGGAGUUUCCAGAUAUUCCUAUAGGAUAUUCCGGCCAUGAGUCCGGGGUCUAUAUUUCAAUUGCGGCAGUAGCCCUGGGGGCAAAGGUCCUUGAACGUCACGUAACCUUGGACAAGACGUGGAAAGGAAGCGAUCAUGAAGCCUCUCUGGAACCUGCUGAGCUUAAAGAGCUGGUUCGUAGUGUCCGGCUGGUUGAGCGGGCCAUGGGAAGCAGCCUCAAACAGAUGUUACCCUGUGAAAAGCCGUGCCAUGAUAAGCUGGGUAAGUCAGUGGUGGCCAAUGCCAGUAUCCCCAAAGGAACUAUCCUGACUCUUGACAUGCUGACAGUGAAGGUGGCAGAGCCCAUGGGUGUCCGAGCUGAGGACAUCUACGAGCUGAUUGGAAAGAAGGUGACUGAGGAUGUGGAGGAGGACCAGAGCGUCACGCCAGAGCUUGUUGACGAAUACGGCAAGAAGGCCAAGUGCUGAGAAAGUCAGAGAAUUAUUCAACGGGUGAAAAGGGGUUAAUAUAAGAGAAUAUUUGAUAAUAUAAUCAAAUCUUGUUUCUCUGAAUCACAGCUUCGCUUAAAAAACGGCUUCUCAAUUAUCUGAUUUUCCCCUUCUUUCACCGAUGCCAAAAAUAUUUUACAUUCUCAUAACGAGGCCUUAGAUUUUUUUGCAACCAAGCUCUUUGUUAAACCCCCAUGUUCUUACCACAUGAGACUGAAGUGGUAGUUUUGUACUUAAAUGGAACAUAAUUUGCACUAUAGUUUUGGCCUGCACUGAGGUGGUUCAAUAAAUAUAGAAAACCUUAAGCUGCUACCAUACAUCUCAGAACACAAGAUUGAGAUCUCAGAGGCUCUUGGACAGUCAACCUCCUCUUAUUGUUCCAUGGAGCAUUUUGUUAUCUGUCUGUGUGCAGCUACUUACAGUGCCCUACAAAUGUGUUUUUAGGUUGAAGGAUGUAAAGACACAUUUAUAAUCCUAAUCAUUUGGGAUCAUCAUGGGAAUCUGAAGUGUCAGAUGUACUCAGCAGAAGAUACCUCAGAAUAAAAUAUUUUCAAAAUCUAAAUCUUUU